AUGCCUAUAUCAAGUGUUAUGCAAAUGUCCAAAUUUCGCGAGGUUCUCUUCGUAUCCAUCAUCUGCAUGACACAGCUUCUCAACCAGGCAAGUCUAGGUCAAACAUUGAGUAUCAUCAAUGUCAUCGGUUCAUCGUUCGACAUCACCGAUCCCCCGGAGUUGACCUGGCUCAUCGCCGGAUACAGUCUCACAGUGGGGACAUUCAUUCUGAUAUUUGGACGAAUGGGCGACGUCUUUGGCUACAAACGCCUCGUUAUAAUUGGAUUAAGCUGGUACUCUCUUUGGUCUCUUAUCUCAGGGCUAGCCUUCUACUCCAACAAGGUACUCUUUAUCUUCGCGCGGGCACUUGCCGGUAUUGGCCCCUCUAUAACUCUGCCAAAUGCCCUGGCAAUGCUGGGCUACGCCUAUGAGCCGGGCUUUAAGAAGCAACUAGCUUUCAGCCUCUUCGCCGCUGUAUCCCCUGCCGGCAUCGUUCUGGGAGCUACAUUCGCCGCUCUGUUUGCCUUGUCAUGGUGGCCCUGGGCCUUUUUCACCUCUGCCAUUGUCAUUGCACUCACAGCUAUUCUCUCAUAUUUUGUCCUACCGGACCUACCAAGCGGAGCGCAGUCUCUGUCCACGGGCCAUGUUAAGGGCAGAUUACACAAAUACCUCAUCCAGCUCGACCUCGCCGGGUCCCUGACCGGAGUGCUAGGACUCGUCUUAUUCAACUUCGCCUGGAACCAAGCCGCCAUUACAGGGUGGAAGACACCAUACGUCUGUGUCACCCUGGCACUAGGAGCUGGGUUUAUACUUGCGUUCAUAUAUAUCGAGAAGCACGUUUCCACAUUCCCGCUCAUCCCUAGGGAGGCGUUCAACCACGACACAGCAUUCAUCCUAGGAUGCAUUGCCUGCUCGUGGGGCAACUUCGGGAUCUGGCUAUACUACAUCUGGCAAGAAUUCGAGGUGGUGCGGGGUGCAUCUCCUCUCCUUGCAUGUGCAUGGAAGAGUCCAGUGGCGGUGAUGGGGUUUGUCGCUGCGGGGUCUGCGGUAUUUAUUCUCAACAGAAUGCAUUCGUCGUGGGUUAUGGUUAUUGUGAUGCUAGGGUCAAUUAGUGGGACGGUUUUACCUGCGACUGCGCCGCCGGACCAGACGUACUGGGCGCAGAUAUUUCCGUGCCUUUUUAUCAUCCCGUGGGGGCUUGAUAUGAGUUUUCCGGCUGCGACGCUGCAGCUCUCGAAACAAAUGGCGAAGGAGCAUCAGGGGGUUUCGGCGAGUCUGGUCAACACCGUGGUUAAUUAUAGUAUAUCGUUGGCUCUGGGGUUUGCGGGGACUGUUGAGAGGGAGGCUAGUAUGGGGUAUACAGGGAGGGAGAAGACGCUGAGAGGGUUUAGAGCGGCAUGGUAUUUUGGUAUUGGAUUGUCGGUCUUUGGACUUGCGUUGAGCUUCGUGUUUGUCCUAUUGAGAUAUCAGGGUAGACAGAAGGCUGGUUCUGUUGCUUAG